AGAAGGUGUAUAAACAUCAACACGUUCAAUUAGAAGAGUUAUACGAUGGCUGCUGAAGGUUUAGAGAAGUUUACUGAAGUUCCAGUGGAGUUCUUCAACGAUGGUGCUGCAUUUGUCAAGAAAUGUACCAAGCCAGAUCAAAAGGAAUACCUUAAGAUCAUCAGAGCCGUUGGUAUCGGUUUCAUCAUGAUGGGUGUUGUUGGUUACGCCAUUAAGCUUAUCCAUAUUCCAAUCCGUUACUUGAUUGUUUGAUUGUUUGAUUGUUUGUCGGUAUAUCUGCUUCAUUUGUCCAUUCCUAUGCCUAUCUUUGCUGCAUAAGAGUCAUCCAAUGUGCAAUAACUGUCACCUUUCACUCACAUCGCUACCUACACAACACCGUCUCUUCUUACUAACAUGGAGAGAUGCUCAUAAACCUUGAAGGUUAUAAAAUCAUUUGUACACUACUCGAGUUUCUUUCUGAAACACCAUUUUAUAUGUGUGUUUCCUUCUAAUUGA